AUGGCGAAACCACACCCUGCAGCAGCACUUCUCCUCCUGUUUCUGCUUCUCACAUCAUCGUUCUCAUACGCGAGGCCCUUCAACUCUUUCAACCUUGCACUUCCCAGCGACCGAGUGCUGCCCGUGGAGGAAUACCCAGCUGGACACAUGUCGCCGAGUCACCGCAUGGAGGUUGCUGAUAAGAUUCCGUUACCGGGAAUGAGAGUCGGUAGGAAAUAUGGGGCUAUGGUUCUGAACAUGCUUCCUAAGGGUUCAGUGCCACCCUCUGGACCAAGCAAAGGAAGCAACUACAUUAAAAACUAG